AUGAUCUUCCUUCGCCUCAUCACUCUCUUCCCUGCAAUCGCCUUGUCAUCUAAGCUCCCAUUCGAGCGAGGCCAUGCAACAAAUGCGGAUAACUGCACUUAUACGGGCACCUGGCCCGUUAUUACCGUGACAAGCGUCCUUCCUACCCUCACUAUCGGUGGACCAGAUGGCGUGCAGGCGCACUCUGCUGGGGGUGCUUCUCUGAUCUACACUACUGCUCUUCCCGCUAUUGGAGCAGAUGGCAUAGGAGUGCACACUUACACCAUCACCACUCCUUGCAAAGAGACCCACUUUCCCGGGAAGCCAGCCGCAGCCACGCGGGGAUCAGUCGGUGGAGAAGCGGGGAACGCCGGACAUCAUGGGAAUGUUGCCACACUAGCUGCCACUUCUGCUGAGUUUGUUACAAGCGCCAAGGACAAGACUCCUAUGGUUGCUGACAGCAAGCCAACUGCAUCCCUGUCCUCCCCUGACAAGUCAUCUGAUCUCGAUACCUUUGCACGGUCCUGA